AUGCCCCGGCUCCUGCUCUUGGCGGUGGCGGCAGCCGUGCUCAUGCAGGCGGGGCAGGGAGGAGGAGAUUCAACGGCAUCAGAGUCAUCCCAUCAUGCUUCCUCGAUGAUACAUGCUCCCUGCUCCUUCAUACAGAGGGGACGGCACGGCAAUGACUGUCCCUCCCCUUUUCGAGUCAUGGUCCUUGCGGUGGAAGACGGAUCCAAGGAGACGAAUCGCACGAGAGAGCUGCUGAAUGCUUACAAUGGCAGCGACCUGAGCAUGUUUUCGAUGCCCGUCAUACAUCACAAGGACGCUGGUAGGCUGCAGCAGGAGGGGAUCAGGCCAUCGGAUAUUGUGGCGGAAACAUGGAUGGAAGAAGACUUUUUUGACACCCUCCUCACGAGAUCCGUUCUCUACCAAAGAGCCUUGGCAGAUUCUGAGAAACAUGGCAACUUAUUCUUCCUCUUCAUGGACCUGGAGCUUGCUGAGGUUCUCUUGUUGAGAGAGUUUCCGAGCAUGAUGGAGGAGGUGAUGUCGUCGGUUUCAUCGUUCGUGGAUGUGAUCAAGUUGGACAUGUUGGAAUCUUGGUCGAGUCGGAAUUGGGUAGAGAAGAGUGACGUACAUGCUAUGUUGCAUGGCAGAGACGCUUGUGCGAAGAUUUUGGCGGGUAUGGGCACCAGACUCCUCCUCCAUCCCUCCUUACUUCUGCGGGAUCUUGUCAAGAGAAAGAGGAUGACGAUGUUUUCCGCUCGGAGAGGAGCUUUCGAUGUCACGAGAGGAACGGGAGAAAUUUCUCUCGUUGCGUAUGAGAGCAGAAGAAAGGAAGGAGCUGAGGUGACUUUUCUGUUGGAAACUUCUGUCUCCUCUGCGUACAUCGUGAAUGUCUCUUCCCUAUCCCCGCAUGACAAGCUCUUUUUCUUGUCCAGAGAGCUGUGGGAGUGUGAGCGGGAGGAAGAGAACGAGGUCAAAGAGGGGAGAGAGAGGGUAGAAGAGAAGACAACUUGCUCGGCUAUGACGCAAACUGGCAUGCUCAUCCUGUUUCCCAUCAGUCGGAAUCGACAUCUCCUGGGUCCGUAUCACCAUGUUGUGUGCAGCGACACAGCUUGCCAGGAGCUCAGGGCAUGUUCAGACAGGUUCAGCAUGUUCCAAGCGCAAGAGUUCGGACGGGAUCAUGCUUGCUGGGGGAAGACAUCUUGCAACCUGUCAGUAUCGGUCAAACCCAGCACAGUGAACGGACACAUUCAGUCAAGACCCAUCUCUCUGGUGGUGGAGGAGCUGGGGAGGAGGAGAUUCGUGUCUGUGUGUUUCUUGAUCCACGACGAGAGGAGGGUUAGGCUGAAGCCAUCCAUGAAGUUCGACUCCGCCGUCCUCUUCCUCUCCCAGCUGGAGUCGUAUGAGGAGGUCGCCAAGGGCGGGAUGCUGCGGCAGCGGCUGGAGCUGGCGAGGGAGAUGUGGAAGUUGAGCAUGACGAGAGGGUUCGUCUUCGAGCUCGUUGUCUUCUGCACCGCAAAGUCCGUCGAGGACGGGAGCUGCGAAAGGUUCUCGCAGGUUUGCCUGAUGGGAGAAGAUCGUGGGGCUCGAGGUGUGUGCGACGUAGAGUCAUAUGACCUAUUUGCCUCCCCCAUCCUCAUCUUCCCCUGGAGCAAGGUGUCUAAGUUCUUGAACUUCUUGGAGGAAGGGAGAAGAGUAAGCCUCUCCUCCUCUUGCCCUCUCCCAGCAGCUGACGCCCAGCAGGAUGAGGCCGGUAGCGUAGGUUUCUUCCCAGAGGCAGCUCUGAUAUCCUCGGCCAUGAUCGACCAGGGCAGGAGGAGAAGGGAAACUCUCCCGCUCCCUCCUUCCUCCCUCAUCUUUGCUCCUGUCUUCCUCUUGCACUGCUCGCCGUCCCAGCACCAGCUGGAGUCCAGCAGGGAGACGCUGAGCAAGGUUGGUUUCACGACCAUCGAGAGCGUGAGAUGUGCGGCCCUGGACGGGAUCUUCUCUCCCCUCGGUGAAAGCUCCUCAUCAGGAGCAGGAGCAGCAGGAAUAGCAGGAGCAGGGCAAGGAGCAGGAGCAGGAGGAGACCCACUGCUAGGAGGAAGGGAAGAAACUGCAUUCGACCAUGUGGAGCUCAUAAGGAGGGCGAAGGGCGAGGGUCAUUCUCUCCUCGUCCUCUUCCACUCCGACUUGUUCCUCCUUGACUCCCUCGUCAACGUCAACCGCAAACUGCGAGAAGCCCUGGGGGAUGUUCCAGCAGACGCCCAGCUGCUCCUGCUGGAGACUUGCGACGAGCUCUGUGCGGAGAGGAGGUCGUCUCUAACCUCCUCGAGGUGGAUGAGGAUUACAGGGUCCUCCUGUGCUCACUCGGUGGUUCUGACGGCCUCCGGGAUGGAGGAGGUGGCGAGGAGGAUGGGGGAUCCUGCGGAGAGCGCGCACUCCUUCCUUGCAAGGCUGAUGGCGGAUGAUCUGGUGGUGGCGUACGCGAUGAAGGAUGCAGUGUUCUCUCGCAGCCUCUUCCUCCGUCCCUCCCUGUCGUUUUGCAGAGACAUUAGAGCUGCCUCCUCCUCGUCCUCCUCGUCCUCGUCCUCCUCCUCCUCCUCCUCCUCCUCCUCCUCCUCCUCCUCCUCCUCCUCUGUUUGUCGAACAGGGGCUGUUUGCAGUACGAUCGGGUAUGAGACGGUGGAUGUGCGGAAAAUUCCCUUCAUGAUAGGCAGGAACUCUUCUGCCGCCAAAAUCAUCGUCUUCUCAACAAACUUGUACUCCUUUCCAUCUGAUGCAAGUGAGCGAGCAGGAGCGGGAGCAGAAACUGUCAGCUACUCCUUGUCGUCUUGCUCUGGCAGGAGGUGCAGGGCCUUGAAUCGUGCAGACGGGAAGUUUCCAUCCUACAUCGGAGGAGGAGGACUCGUCCUCGAACUUCAGCAGGAUCAUGAGUGCUUCAAGGGCCCGACCUCCUGCCGUCUCCUCCUACAGAAUGGCUCCGUGCUUGUUCAGAUCUCCUUGCUCGAUUUUCCCCUCCUCCGGCAGCUGCUGCCGCCCUCCUCCUUCGUCCAUGCCCUCUUCAUCCGUGGAGGAGCAGACUUCAACUUGUCUCGAUGGCAUGGUGAUGACCGGCAGGUCUUCUUGUUCGAUGACGAUGAACAACUAGGACGGAAGGAGGAGCAGGAGCAGGAGCAGGAGCAGGAGCAGGAGCAGGAGCUCUCUCAGUCGAUUCCUCUCCGCACGUACGAAUUUCUCUCCUUCCUCUCGGCAGACUCGCACAUCGUGGACCCUCCUUCCUUCGCUGCCGUCUCCGACACGUGCUCGCAACACCCGCAGGCUCAGUUGUGCUUCACUUCCUCCUUUCUUCCCUCCUCCUCCUCCUCCUCCUCCUCCUCGGACUUCGUUCUCUCGGUGGAGGAGGCCAGCUCGCUUUCAAAGGCUGGCGUCGUCAUGCUGAAGUGGAGUAUGUGGGGAGAACUCUACAAUCUCCUCGAGCAAGGAUCUACCUCCUCCUCCUCCUCCUCCUCCUCCUCCUCCUGCAACUUUUCUUCCCUCCUACGGUCCGUCUUGCUUGGCUCAGCCAAGGACGAGAUUACCUCCUGCCGAGGAGAUGGAGGAGGGAGGAGGGGAGGAAGAGCGGGAGGGGCACGAGACUCGCACGUGUGCGUCGUCGAGGGUGGGCAGGUGAGAUGUCAGAGGAUGACGAGGAGGAGGGAGGAAGAGGUCGUUCCCUUCCUCGUCCUCCAGCAGCCGGACCAGCAGCGAGUCGUUUCCUCCAACGGCUCUCGGGUCCAGCUCUCCUUCAUCCUCCACGGUCUCCCCGAUGACUUUGCGUCUUCCUGCCAGGACUGGGGCAUGCAGAUCCGCUACCAGCAGCUCUCCUCUCCUCCUCGCUCCCCUUCCUCCUGCUGGGACAGGCAGCUGCCCCAGAAACGUCCUCCCACCUCCCUCUGCAAGCGCUGCUCCCAGGAGAAGACAGGAGAAGGGGAGGUUCGUUGCGAGGAGACGCUUCCUCUGCCUGCUGGGCUAUUCUCCUUUCAGCUCCUCCUGCUUGACAAGUCGGGGGUGACAGUCGCCUGUACCCAGCGGACAAUCUUUCAUGUCCUCGAGAGGACGGAGGAGGAGCGUGUUCGAGACAGGACGCGUCCCAAGUUCCGGUGCGACGAGACGAGCAUCAGGCAGGACGAGGAGGCGAUGGUGCGCUGCCCUGCCCCAGCAGCGAGCAGCAUCACUUUGGCGACCAUCGCCAGCAUCGACCGUGCGUCCAACGCCAUGCACAUUGCAGCUCACUGGCAGGGGCCUCUCUCUGUCGUCUUCUACGGCAUGAACGAGGAGGAGAGGAAGGAGCUUGAAGUGUUCGUGCGAGAGAUCUUUCUCCCCCUCUCCUCCGCCCGCUGCCAGCACGUCACGGUCAGGCUCUUCUCUUCCUGCUUCCUCUCCAACGCUUCCGCUCCCAGCAGCAGCAGCACGCUCCUCCUCUUCCCCAUAAACUUCCUCCGCUGGCACGCAGUGAACAGCUCGGGGACAGACCUUCUGCUCUACCUCGACAUCGACUUCAUGCCCUCGGGCAACGCCUCCAAUCUCGAGAGGAGGUGGGCGGAGCUCUCGGCGAGGAGGAGGAGGCCGCUCGCUCUCGUGCUUCCCUGCUUCAAGACCAAGACGCUCCCCUGGCCCAGGGCCGGCAACUUCUCCUUCCUCGGGAGGCAGCCGCGGCUGGAGGUGGAGGCGAUCACGAGGGAGGAGCUGCAGCAGCGGCACAGCAGGGGACAGGCCUUCAUGCCGGGGCUGCACGGCUCCGACCACUCCCACUUCGCCACGGACUAUCGGCGGUGGUUCAGUCAGCCCGGCAGCAGCUGGGAGCCGUACCAGGCGCUCUACACCUUCUGGUGGGAGCCCUACUUCGUGCUCAACAAGUCCAGCUGGCCCGGGGUGCACGGAGGGGGUCUGUUCGACUCUCGCUUCCACUUCCUUGCUGGGGACAAGGCCCAGUUCGUCCUGGAAGCCGCCGCGAACUCCUUCGAGUUCUGGGUCCAGCUGGAGGAGUUCGUUGUGCACAUGCCGGACGAGGAGGACGUCAACUGCCAGCUGGGCAGGAAGAGGCUCUGCAACAUCAGCAGGGUGCGGCAGAAGACCAUGCCCGCGCGGCUCAUGACGGAGGGGAGUCAGAGCUCCUGGUGCUCUCAGUUUGUGGUGGACCAUAUCAUCGGUUACCCCAGCUGGGACGACAACCUCCUCCAGCAGGACACCGAGCUGCCCUGCUUCGUGCCUCCCUUCGCCCUUCUCCGGCACUUCUCCCACCUCGAGAUUUUCCGCCUCCUCGAGAAGUUCUGGGACGGUAUCGCCGUCGGCAUCGCCAGGCAGAACCUCCUCGCCGAGCCUUCCAGCACCAGAAAUUUCUUCCUCCGCUCCCUCUGCUUCCAACAGCUGCCCGUCCUCGCCCGGCUCCACCGCGUCCUGGGCUCCUCCCUCCUCCUCUUCGACCGCAGGGCCCUGGUCGGACUGGGAGACUCGCUCAACGUCUCCUUCCUCCACUUCACCUCCGAGCCCUCCGGCGUCUCGCUCCCCCUCUCCCCCUCCCCCUGCCCCCUCCAGGAGGGCUGCGACCGGUUCCUCCCCCUCCGCCUUCAUCCUUCCUCCCUCUGCGGCCACCCCCAGCUCUUCGACCAGCGGGGAGUCCAGCUGUGCGACCUGCUGACGGAGGCUGUCUUCCACGACCUCGGCACCAAGCUCAUCCCGAGCAGCUCAUCGUCAACAUGGAUAGACAUGACAUAUUGA